CGAGGGGGUCAAGGGUGAUGCAAGAUGGCGGCGCCCAUAAGCGGCUAAGGCAUGAAGUGGAUGAUGCUGGCGGCGGCCGGGACUCUGCUGGGGCGGCGGCUGAGGUGGCCCGCACCGGUCCGCGAGCACUGGAGACCGGCCGGGCGCUCACGGAGCCGGCGAGAGGCGGCCGAGGCCGAGGCGGACGCUCCCGUGUUCCAGUACGUGGGCGAGCGCGCGGCCCGCGCCGAUCGCGUCUUCGUAUGGGGCUUCAGCUUCUCGGGGGCGCUCGGAGUGCCCAGCUUCGUGGUGCCGGCCUCGGGGCCCGAACCCCGCGCCGGCCUGCGGCCCCGACGCAGAAUCCAGCCGGUACCCUACCGCCUGGAGCUGGACCAUAAGAUUUCCUCUGCUGCGUGUGGCUAUGGAUUCACACUGCUGUCCUCUAAAACCAAGGAUGUCACGAAAGUCUGGGGUAUGGGACUCAACAAAGACUCUCAGCUUGGAUUCCACAGGAGCCGGAAGGAUAAAACUAGGGGCUAUGAGUACGUCUUGGAGCCCUCGCCUGUCCUGCUGCCCCUCGACAGACCUCAGGAGACGAAGGUGUUGCAGGUGUCCUGCGGUCGAGCACAUUCCCUUAUCCUGACAGACAGAGAAGGUGUCUUCAGCAUGGGGAACAAUGCCCACGGGCAGUGCGGACGGAAGGUGGUGGAGGACGAAGUGUACAGUGAGAGUCACACAGUGCACAGGAUGCAGGACUUUGAUGGACAGGUAGUCCAGGUUGUCUGUGGUCAGGAUCACAGCCUGUUCCUCACAAACAAAGGGGAAGUCUAUUCUUGUGGAUGGGGUGCCGAUGGACAGACAGGCCUGGGUCACUACAACAUCACCAGCACACCAACCAAGCUGGGCGGAGACCUUGCUGGGGUGACGGUUGUCCAGGUUGCCACCUACGGUGAUUGCUGCUUGGCUGUGUCCUCCGAUGGAGGUGUCUUUGGCUGGGGAAAUUCUGAGUACCUGCAGCUGGCCUCGGUCACAGACUCCACUCAGGUUAACGUCCCUCGGUGCCUGCCUUUCUCCGAAGUAGGCAAGGUGAAGCAGGUGGCCUGUGGUGGCACUGGCUGUGCUGUAUUGAAUGAAGAAGGACAGAUCUUCGUCUGGGGCUAUGGAAUUCUUGGGAAAGGACCAAACCUCUUGGAAACGGCUCUUCCAGAAAUGAUUCCACCUACGCUCUUUGGCUUGACGGAGUUCAACCCCCAUGUCCAGGUUUCCCAGAUCCGAUGUGGGCUUAGCCAUUUUGCUGCACUCACCAACAAGGGUGAAUUGUUUGUGUGGGGCAAGAAUAUCCGAGGGUGCUUGGGAAUCGGACGCCUCGAAGACCAGUACUUCCCAUGGAGGGUGACAAUGCCCGGUGAGCCUGUGGAUGUGGCAUGUGGUGUGGAUCACAUGGUAACUCUGGCCAAGUCAUUCAUCUGAAUUUCCUGACAGGCCCAUCCCAGGCUGGCCCCAGCCUCCAACUAUACCGACAGCAACAGCUUGAUGGAGGCAGAGAGUGGCUACCACAGAGCUUCUGAUGAUACUGGGAGAGGGCCAGGGCCCUUGGAGCAGGGUGUUUACUCUGUGUCUUCAGUGGGGACAUUAUAAUAGCAGUCUGUGGAAAAGACCCUUCCCCGCUGAGGCUCCUGGCUGUGAACUCAGUUCAGGAUGGCUGCUCUUGGCUUGGUGUGCUCCUCAGGAUUACCAGGGUGUGAGGUCCUAGGAUGGCCAGGCUGAUGCCCUUUCCAGGUGACACAUGGUGGCAUCUGGGGAUGUGUCUUGCCUGUUUCUAAGGGAAGUUCAUUAUUCAGGGCACAUUUGAUAAUAAGAGAUUGGAGACAUGACAAGGCACUCAGAGAACUUGUAGUCUGCUGUCACAACACAACACACUUGGGCCUCUUGCUGGCCCAGCCCAGCAAGACAGCCAGCUGACUUCAGCUAGGGCCUGUCUGACCAGCUGCCACCCCACAAGUUCCCAGGACACAGUCCGGGAGCCCAGAAUGCCUUGGCUCGAGACUUCCUGGGGCGGCCAGUGUGAGCCAGCCUCCCCCCAUGGGUCUACAGUAUCCCAGCCUUGGAACCUCCUCUGUGCCUGGCUCUGAACAGUCCAGAAGCCCCCGAAGAAAGAAGCUAUAGGCCAAAUGCUUGUGGGCUGAGGGCUGUGGAAUCUUGGCUGGAGGGCCAGCCUUGGAGUAGGAAGCCUCAAAAACUGGGAAAAUACUUGUUAGGAAAGCUUGUGUUUUCCUUUCAGAAGAGUGUUUGAAAAAUUCUUUUGGAAUAAAGUCUAUUUCUGCUCUUUUUAAGAA